UUGUAUUAAUUGAUUAAGAUUUGAGUAUAAUCUGAAUAUACAUACUGCAUAUAAUAAGCAUAUAAUUUGAAACACUUUUAGGGAUUGAUAUAUUCAUACAUACAUAGACGUAUACGUUUAUCUGGUCAGAUCUCCAUCCACUUCACUUUCAGCUUCAGGUUUCUGGAAAAUUGGGAAGUCUGAAGAAGACAUAUGGAAUCAUCUUCUGGGGCACCGUCCGAAUUCGAUUAUUUGUUUAAGCUGUUGAUGAUCGGGGAUUCUGGGGUUGGGAAAAGUAGCCUUUUGCUCAGCUUCACUUCUGAUACUUUCGAAGAUCUUUCUCCUACAAUCGGAGUGGAUUUCAAGGUGAAGCAUGUUACUGUUGGAGAGAAAAAGUUGAAGCUUGCAAUUUGGGACACUGCUGGACAGGAAAGAUUUAGGACUUUGACCAGUUCAUAUUACAGAGGAGCUCAAGGAAUCAUCAUGGUUUAUGAUGUGACUCGGCGAGAAACCUUUACAAAUCUAUCUGAUAUUUGGGCUAAAGAAAUUGACCUGUACUCAACAAAUCAAGAUUGCAUUAAGAUGCUAGUUGGCAACAAAGUUGAUAAGGAAAGUGAAAGAGCUGUGAGCAAAAAAGAGGGCAUUGAGUUUGCGAGGGAGUAUGGAUGCCUCUUCAUUGAAUGUAGUGCCAAGACUAGAGUAAAUGUGGAGCAAUGUUUUGAGGAACUUGUUCUGAAGAUCUUGGAGACACCAAGUCUCUUAGCUGAAGGCUCAGCUGGUGUGAAGAAAAACAUCUUCAAACAGAAACCUCCAGAGUCUGAUGCAUCCUCCGGCUGCUGCUGAAUCUUUCUUACCUUCGGCACUCAUUUCCUUCCAAAUGUGACAUUAGAGGCAUUUGUUGUCCUGCUUGACACGAGAAGCUUGUGUAACUGAUCUUCUCUGAACAUUGUAUAGUGGUCCAAUGUUGCAUAGUGGUUUGGUCCCGAUUUAUUUUAUGCUGUCUUAUAGUUGCAUUUUCUAAAAUAUCCUUUUGUUCCCUGUCGUAGGCUCGUAGCUUGCUAUCUCCAAUAUGUAUACAUUCAUUGCCAUAUUGCCUGCAUUAUUUAUGGCAAGUGAAAAGCGAAUUAGUUGAUAAA